UUGAAGUGUAUAACAGAGCAGACUCGCUUCCUCGGUCAAAAUCGAGCGGAUGAGGGUCUGUCCAUAUAAACUUCCCUCAUCCACUCCACGAAGUGGAAUGUACUUAAAAAUGGCGGCAGGGAUUCCCUCGAGGAGAAGUGUUUAGGGAAGUUAACAAGUGCGUCUAAAAUUGGAGUGGAACGCAGCCAAUGUUGCUAAGUUGCCAACACUUUCACUUUUGUUUUGUGUAAUGGCAUCCAGUUCAGUUAAAAGAGGGCGGCGAAGUCCAUCUUUUGAGCGACCUAAUAUGAGUGAUUUGAGGAUUGUUCUGCUGGGGAAGAAUAUAACAGAAAACAACAGAGUGGGAAACUUCAUCUUAGGAAGAGCAGCGUUUGAGAGUGAAGCACCUGCUAAUGUAGAGCUGAACAUUGAGAAACACAGAGAAAAACUGAAGGACAGAGACGUCACAGUCAUCAACACUCCUCACCUGCUGAGGCCAAAUCUGUCAAUCACUCAGAUCACACAGAGAGUGAAAGAGUGUGUGAAUCUGUCUGCUCCUGGACCUCAUGUGAUCAUACUUGUGCUGCAGCAGAAAGACUUCAGUGACAAUGACAGACAUAGAGUGAAAUAUGUGCUGAAUGAAUUCAGUAAGGAGGCUCUUAAACACACUGUAGUGUUGACUGAUGAGAGAGAGAUAAACAGUAACUGUAUUCAUCGAUUGGUAAAAGAGUGUGGAGGUGGACAUCUACAGUUCGAUGAAAUAAAAUCAGGCUUGAACUCUGAGAUACUUGAAAGAGUGGAGAAGAUACUCAAAGAAAACCAGGUCCAAUUUCUUAUCUGUGACUUGUAUGAGGAAGCAGGAGAAUUGGAUAAAGAUCAGAGCAGUUCUGGAGGUUUAGUCACAGCAGAAGAAGAGGAUUUUGAUCACGAAGAUGAUGGAAAAAUCAAACAGAGAAACAAAGAGGAAAUGCAAGUUGCUGUCCAAAGGAAUGCCUUGUUUUCAAGAGAGGAUUCAGAUGAUGUGAGGAUUGUUCUGCUGGGAAAAACUGGAGUUGGGAAGAGUGCAACAGGAAACACCAUCUUAGGGAGAGAAGCAUUUGCAGAAGACAUGUCUCAAGAGUCAGUCACUAGAGAGUGUCAGAGUCAGACGGCUGAGAUCAAUGGCAGACAGAUUACUGUGAUUGACACUCCUGGACUGUUUGAUACUAAACUUAGUCAAGAUGAGAUCCAGAGAGAAAUCACCAACUGCCUCUCCAUGAUUCUGCCAGGACCACAUGUGUUUCUGUUAGUGAUUCCAGUGGGACGAUUCACUGAGGAGGCAGAAAACACUGUGAAGAUCAUUCAAGAGACUUUUGGUGAAAACUCAUCAAUGUACACUAUAGUGCUCUUCACCAGAGGAGAUGAUCUGAAGAAGAAGAAGAAGACCAUUGAAGAGUAUCUUGGAAAACCUGGAUCUGCUUUGAUGAAGCUCAUUGGACAGUGUGGAAACAGAUACCAUGUGUUCAAUAAUAAUGAGACUGGAGAUCGUGAGCAGGUGUCGACAUUACUGCAGAAAAUCAAUGACAUGGUGACAGCAAAUGGAGGAAGUUACUACACAUGUAAGAUGUUCAGAAAGAUGGAAAGAGAAAAACAAGAAGCACAGAUGAAAAAACUAAUGGAUGAAGUGGAAGAACUGAAGAGAGAGAGAGAACAACUGCUGACCAAACAUGAAGAAGAGAAAGAGAAAAUGAAGAAGAUGAUGGAUGAAGAAAGAAAUAAUCAUGAUGCAGAGAAGAAGAAAAGAGAAGAAGAAUUUGAGAAAAAGAGAGAGAAAGAUCAAAAUGUGUGGGAUGAACAUUAUCAGAGACUUAAAGAAGAGAGAGAUGAAAUCAAAAGAGAGAAAGAAGCUCUUCAAGUCAAACAUGAAGUAGAAAUAGAAAAGAUGAAGAAGAUGAUGGAGGAAGAAAGACAGAAUCAUGACACAGAGAGAAGGAGAAGAGAAGAAGAUGUCAGAGAGAGUGAAGAACGAUACAAAAGAGAAAUUAAAAUAGAACAAGAGAAAUGGGAGAAAAAGUUACAAGAGGAAAAACAGAGAGGAGAAGAAGAAUUUGAGAAAAGGAGGGAAAAAGAACAAAAAAUGUGGGAUGAAUGUUGUCAGAGACUUAAAGGAGAGAGAGAUGAAAUCAAAAGAGAGAAAAAAGAUCUUCAGGCCAAACAUGAAGUAGAAAUAGAAAAGAGGAAGAAGAUGAUGGAGGAAGAGAGACAGAAUCAUGAAACAGAGAGAAGGAGAAGAGAAGAAGAAUUUAGAAAGAGUGAAGAACGAUACAAAACACAACAAGAUAAACUGGAAACAAAAUUACAAGAGGAAAGACUGAGGAGGGAAGAAGAGGAUGAGAAGAGGAAGGAGAAAGAACAAAACAUAAGAGAUCAAUGUGAUGAGAAAAUGAAAAGAGAGAGAGAGGAAAUAAAAAAUGAAAAGGAGAGAAUAGAAAGAGAGAAAGACGAUCUUCAGGCCAAACAUAAAGCAGAAAUAGAAAAGAUGAAGAAGAUGAUGGUGGAAGAAAGACAGAAUCAUGACACAGAGAAGAGGAGACGAGAAGAAAAAGUCAGAAAGAAUGAAGAACAAUACAGAAAAGAGAUAAAAGAAAAAGAGAAACAAAUGCAGAAACUUCAAGAGGAAAUGCUGAAACAACAUGAGAUACUCAGAAAAGGAAUCCAGAAUGAUAAAUCUCUGAGAGAAGAACAGUGUAAGAUUUAUGAAGACAGAAUUAAGUUAAUAGAACAACAGAAGAAAGAUGAACUAAUGAGAGCUAAAUCAGCAGACUAUGAAGAAAACAGAAGAAAAGAUAUGGAGAACAUAAAAAUGUGUUGCUCCCAAACAGCUUCUUCUCUACAGAAAGAUGAAUUUGGACCAAAAACCACUGAACAACUUGAAGAACUCUAUGACAGACUAGAUCUGACAAAAAGACGUCAAGAUAAAAUGAAAACAGCAGACAUUCUUGAAAUCACCAAGUCAUCAUUUCAGUCUCAUGAACCACAGGAAGAGAAUGAACUGGUAAACUCAUUCCUACAAAAGCUGAUUAACAUGAACUACAGUGCAAGAUACACAGCCAUAAAACACAGAAAGAAAGAAAGUAACAAAGACAGUGCAAACCCUGAUAUUCACCCAAUGGAUGUUCAGAUGGCCGUGUUUCAUUGUGCUGAUGGUUUCCUGAAGCAGCUGAUGGUGACUAAACUCUCACAGUGUCAGUAUUCACUGCCUCUGCUUGUUCCUGAUCCAUUCACACAACAGAUUGAGUUUCCUCUCUGGACAUUUAGACAAAUCAACAAGAGCUGGAAGAAGAAGAACAGCAACAAUGAGAUCAUCAGUCAAACUCAACCGGUCUACAAGGCUGAGACUCCAAUGGUGGCUUUCUUCAGGUUUGGAUCAGUGUCUCCAUCUAAGUCUCAGCUGAUGAACGGCCUCAUCAAUGAGAAACACCAGACGUUCUUCCACAGGAACUGCUCAGGCAGCAGCAGAACCAGAUUACUGAUGGAUGGAGUGGUGGAGAUCGCCUGGUACUGUCCUUCUGGGAAAAAGACGGAUUUAUUUGAUGAAUGUGUUGCUUUCUGUAAUCUUCACGGUGAUGCAGCAGACAAUGAGAAACAAUAUGAGAUUCUGACCAGUAUGGCUUCAGUAAAUGUCCUCUUCUUACCUGAUUUUGGACAGAAGAACCAGAACCAGUUUUUGGUGAGAUCACUCUUCAGAUCUCCUCAGCCUCUCAUUUGUCUGCUCACUGACAGUGACUGUGAUGAAACUGAAAUGGGGAAUGGAAAAUUCAUUGUUGGUCUUUUGAACAAAAACCAAUCUGAUGUUUCUAAUCAGAUAAGGGAGAUGAUCAGACUGAAUUUGACUGAGCAGAAAAAACCCUUCAAACUUGAAGAUGUGGCCAAACACACAGGACUCAGAGUAGAUGAGGAGGAUCCAGAGUGUCGGAGAGGGAAAGAGGCAGCAGUCCAGAUCAUGGGAUUACUGAGAGGAAAAGAUCCAUCAACAGUGAAGGAAACAAACCUGCCCUGUCAGGGGAAACUGUGGCAUGACUGGUGUAAAAUCAACAAAGAGCUGCAUCACCUAGAAGGAGAAAAUCUAGAGGAAGAUAAAAGUACCAAAAUGAAGAACAUGAUAGAAAUAAGAGAAAAGCAAGUGGCACAAGGAUUGAGUGAGUUUAUGAGGACAUUUAUUGAAGCAAUGAAAUCACAGAAAGACAGUGAAAAAAACUAUUUCCUCAGAUGGAUGAUGAACCUGCUGGAUGAUUUCACUUUAGAGAAGCUCUGUGAUCUUCAAAAGGAAUAUGAUGUCAAAUGGCAUAAAGUCUCAGCACUGAAAAAAAAGCCUGACAAUCUAGAUCAGCUGCAAACUGAACAAACAAACCUGGAAAACAUAUCAGAAAAAAUCAUUUCAAGAUUUGGUUUGGAGCACAUCCUGAGAGAGAUUGGUCAGACCUAUGAAUCGUGGUCAUCUUUGAAAAAGAACAAGGAAAACAAUCAGCAGUUUGACUUCUGUUCUCUCCCGAGUCUUGCAGCAGAGAUGAUGAUCUCUGGAUUUCCCAUGGAGCUGAUGGAUGGAGAUGCUGCUCAUGUUCCUCUCACCUGGGUCACUGCUGUUCUAGAUGAACUUGUUGAGAAACUGAGAGACCAGAAAGUCUUUGUGUUGUCAAUUUUAGGGAUUCAGAGCUCUGGGAAAUCCACCAUGCUGAAUGCCAUGUUUGGACUGCAGUUUGCCGUCAGUGCUGGCAGAUGCACCAGAGGAGCUUUCAUGCAGCUGGUCAAAGUGUCAGAAGAGAUGAAAACAGAGCUGAAGCUUGACUACAUUCUGGUUGUUGAUACUGAAGGACUUCGAGCACCAGAACUGGCUGGAAGAUCAACAACAUCUCGUGACAAUGAAAUGGCCACAUUUGUUGUUGGUCUUGGAAAUAUGACCCUGAUCAACAUCUUUGGAGAAAACCCAUCUGAGAUGCAGGACAUUCUUCAGAUUGUUGUUCAGGCCUUCAUGAGGAUGAAGAACAUUAGACUGAACCCGAGCUGCAUGUUUGUGCAUCAGAAUGUCUCAGAUAUCACAGCUGGAGAGAAAAACAUGGAGGGAAGGAGACGACUGCAGGAGACACUGGAUGAAAUGACAAAACUAGCUGCUAAAGAGGAAGUCUGUGAUGCAGAAGGAUUCAGUGAUGUGAUUGAGUUUGAUGUACAGAAAGAUGUGAAGUAUUUUGCUCAGCUCUGGGAGGGCAGCCCACCCAUGGCACCACCAAACCCAAACUACUGCGAGAACAUUCAAGAACUGAAGCAAAGUAUUCUUACACAUGCUUCAAAAUCAGAUGGCAUAAUGCUGACACACCUGAGAGACUGUAUUCAAGAUCUCUGGGAGGCUUUGCUUAAUGAACAAUUUGUGUUCAGCUUCAAAAAUUCCCUUGAAAUCGCAACAUACAAGAAACUACAGACUGAAUACAGCAAGUGGACCUGGAGCCUUCGGAGUGCCAUGCUGGUCAUUGAAAACAGAAUACAAAAUAAAAUAGAAAAUGAAGCAAUUCAUGAUGUUGAGGAAAAUGAUCUUCAAACAGAACUAAAUGCCAAAAGUGAAGAAGUGAAAAAUACAAUGUCUGAUUUCUUUAAGAAAGACAGAGAUGCAGCUGUACUGAAUCAGUGGAAAGGUUUGUUUGAGAUAAAAAUCAAACAACUUCAAGAAAACAUUGUGAGAGAAACUAAGAGGAAAUUAAAUGGGGUUCUUCAGCAGCGUCACCUGAAGAAAAAGAUGGAUGCUGAGAGGACACAUCAUGAAAACACACUCUUUGAAAAGAGCAAAGAACUUGCUUUAAAAUUCAAAAACCAAGCAAAUGAUGAGAAUGUCAUGAAAACACAGUUUGAUUCCUUUUGGAAAGAACAGACAGCUGAAAUCACCAGAGACGCUCCUUUAGUCAAAGAUAUCGACAUAUUAGGAGAUGUGAAAAAGAUCCUAAGUGAGACCCAUGCAAGUCUUCCUUUAGACCGUAUGAAAGAGAGCCAUCUGCAGAAAGAUAUGAUCUCUUUGCCAAGCUAUUCAGAAUAUGUACAGUUCAAGAAAUCCAGUGGAAUUACAGGAGCUCUGAAAAAUAUGUACAAACAAGGUAAAGAGAUAAUUGGUCUUGUUUUAUCUGAGGAAGAUGAAGUCCAGAUAAAAUCAUUAAUCACAGACAUUGCUGAACACACAGAUGAAAUGAUUCAGUCAUAUAACAUUGCAAAGAUGGGCUACAACAUCAGCUACAUUCAACAACUCAUAGAUUACAUAAAGGCAAGAUUAAUGCAGCAUCAGGAAGAGCCAAAUGUGAAAUAUGUGUUCAAGAGUGAAUUCUUCAUUGAUCUGGUACUUUACAGAUGUCACAGAGCAAACAAGACAUUCACUGACCAACACAAAAUGUUCAGGGAAGCCAAUGAUCCUGUUCUUUAUUUGGGGAGGAAGAAGCAAGAAUACUACAGGAUUUUCCACAAAUACUGUCAAGGAGCAACAUCAACUGCUGUUUUUGGUGAAUUUGUUUGUAAUAAACUUAAAAACCCCAUUCAGCAGAAUAUCUACAAAAAAACUGCCAGAGAUUUAGCAGAUGAAAUGAAGACAAACUGUGAAUCAUUCAGUGGGAACCGAUCAAACCUGGAGAAACACAUCCUGAGGAGCCUUGCAGAAAAACAGGAUUUCAAAGCCCACUUGACCUACAUUAAAAAUCCCAGAGAACACUUCAAGAAUUUCAUCAGAGAUGAAGUCAGUCAGUACAUCACUGAAAGAUUUGAACACAGUGUUCGACCCAAGAUGGAAAACAGCAUUAAACUGCUGGAGCAGAAGAUCACAAAAGCAGCACAUGAAUCCACCAAACAGGCUGUAGAGAUAAAUGGAGAUGCUGAUUCGUGGUUGCUUCAUUUCACACAACAGCUCUCUGAUGUGCUGGUACUGUCUCUAAAUGACCUCACUGGAGUGAAUCUUGAUGAUGUUAAAGUCAGCUUCCUAGAAGAUGUGAUAAAGAAAGAACUUCCUUCUAUAAUGUCUGACAUACACAGUGAAUUCAGUACAGAAACUUUUCCAGUAAAGCUGGAUUAUACAGACAGACCAGAUGAGCUUCUGAUCAAUCACCUCUGUGACUGCUGUUGGGUUCAGUGUCCUUUCUGUGCAGCCAUCUGCACAAACUCAAUCGAAGGCCAUACUGGAGAUCAUAGUGUUCCUUUCCAUCGUAAUCUUGGACUGAAUGGGUGGAGUUACAGAGGAACAACAAACCUAUCUAUCGACAUCUGUACAUCAGCAGUAGCCAGUGAUCGAUCUUUCUAUCCAAAUAGCUCAGAUGAUACAGUCCUCUGGAAGGAAUACAGAAAAGGAGGUCCUGAAUUUGCUUCAUGGAGUAUCACCCCAGAUCUCUCUGAGCUGCCGUACUGGAAGUGGUUUGUGUGCAGAUUCCAGGAAGAUCUGGAAAAUCACUAUGAAAAAACCUUUCAGGGGAGUGGAAAGAUUCCGGAUGAAUGGAGAAAAUACUCUCAAGAGGAAGCUAUUGAGAGUCUGAAUAAAUACAUUUAAUGAAUCAAUUAACAAGGACUCUGAUACACAAUACCAGGGACGUGCACAGGGGGGUUGCUCAGGUUGCCCGGGCAACUGCCCAUAUGCCCUUCUCGACUCACGUUGCCCUUCCGAGGUGGGAAAAAAUAAAUAAAAAUAUCGUACAAUGGAUGCAGAA